AUGAGUGAAAAGAUAAAAGGAUUAUUAAAUAGUUUAAAAAAGAAUGAUGAUAAGGAUUUAAUCAUUCAAGAAUUAACAAAAUCAUUAACUGAUUCAAAAGAUUAUUCAACCGAUAAUCGAAAUGAAAUUGGUAAAAUAAUAAUACCUAUAUUAAAUGAUAGAUUAAUCAAUGAUGAUGAAUAUACAAAGGAUGAAAAACAACAAAAGAUAUGUUUACUCACAGUUAGAUUAUUACGUAAUCUAUGUGCAUUCUCACCUGAUAAUCAAUAUCUUGUAUUGACUAGUCAACCCGAUCUAUUAAAUUGGUUAUAUUUACAUUUAAAAACAUCACCCAUACAAUCCAUUGCUAUUGCAAUCUCUCAAUUACUUGUCAAUUCAAUCGUUUCAAAUCAAUCAACUCAAUCUUUAAUUUGGAAUCAUUGGUUUAAAUCAAAUCAAUUAUUAGAGAUUAUAACAAUUUCUAAAGAAUCAACAAUUGGAGGAAUAUUAAUGUUAAUAUAUAAUUGUUUAUUAAAUAAUAAGAGUAGAAUAGUUGAAUUGGUAGAUAAUCAAGUUGGAAUUGAAUUGAUAAAGAAAAUAAUUCUAUUGGCAGAUCAAUACAAUGAUGAUGUAUCAGAUAGUCAUAAUCAAAUAUUUCAUUGGAUUUAUUUAUUGAUUAGAUUAUUGAUACGUGAAAAUACUCUACCUACUAUAUUCAAAUCAUUUGGUUCUGAAAAUUAUAAAAAUACUACAAUCCCUUUAAAAGAUAUUACUCAACAUCCAAUAUUUAAAGGUGUCCUAAAUGAUAAUUAUAACUCUCCUUCAAUUCAAGAAAUGGAUGAUGAUGAAGAGGAUGAUGGAUUGUUAGAAAAAUCAUUAGGAGAUGGUAGUGGACGUACAAAUCAAGAUCAAGUUAGAUUAUUAAAUCUAUUGGAUUCACUAUUGGUAAAAGAAAGAAAUAUUUACAAUUAUAUUCAAAAAGAUUCAAUUAUGGAUUUAGAAUGUUGUCUAUUCCUACUUAAGGAAUUGAUUGUAUUGUAUAAUAUGGAUUUUAAGAAAAAGGCAUUACCAAAAUUCAAUAAUCAAUCUACAGUACUCAAUGAAAAUGAUUUUGAUUCAAUCUAUUUCAUUAUAAAGAUUCUUGCCAAUAUCACUUGUUAUACAGAUGAAAUGUUGGCUCUGGUAGAUGGUAAAACAACAGUACCAGGUGUUGGAGAUGAUUUAAAUACUGCGUUGGCAAAGAAUGGAUUGAUUGCUCUGUGUGUUGGUACACUUCAUACAACAGCAGACACUGUACCACACGAUCCUCGUAAACCAGUAGACCAAGACAAAAAACAUGAAAUGGGAUUUAAAAAGGAAAUCAUUCGUAUCCUUGGUAAUGUUGCCUAUCUAAAUGAACCAAAUCAACAUGAAAUUAGAGAAUUGGGUGGCAUUCAAUUAAUCUUAAAUAAUUGUAGAAUUGAUCCAAAUAAUCCUUAUAUAAAAGAAUGGGGAGUAUUUGCAAUUAGAAAUAUAAUGGAAAAUAAUGAAAAGAAUCAACAAUUGGUACAAGAUUUAAAGAUGCAAGGUGUUGCAAAUCAAAAUGAAUUGGAAUCAAUGGUCUGCGCAGUCGAAGAUAUAAUAGUAUCAGAAGCAAUUACAAAAGAACAAGCAGAAGAUGUAAUGUAUGAGAUACCAAUUGAAAUAUCUAAUCUAUUACGAUCAUUAUGUGAACCUUUUCUUCAAGUUGCUACCUUUAACAAAGAUAAAAUGUUUAUAGAAUUAAACAAGAUUAUAAGUGGUCAUUUUAAUACUUUUUUUAAAGGUAGAUUUGUUUAUAUUCAAUUAAUUAAUACAAAAAAUGAUAUAAUAGAAACAUCAAAUGUAUCAUCAAUGGUUUAUAGAAAAGAUAAACAGAUUCAUUCGAUUAUUGAAAGAUUAAGACAAGUAGAAUAUGCUGGUAUGAUACCAAUCAAUUGUCACUAUGAUGAUACUUUUAAUUGUUUGGCUAUUGGUCAACCUGUUGAAUAUCAAAAAAAGGAUUUUUAA